CAAAACUGGUACGCUCCUGCCUGUGCUCCACCAACCAAUAUCACGCUGUUUCUGUCAGUGGAUUUUAUGAAUUCCUCCUCAGCAGGCUGAUAAAGAUGUCCGCGCCUCCCGCAGACGAUUUGGUGAAACAGUGGGAGAGCGAGCAGGCCCGCCUCAGGCAGCAGGUGGUGGAGGAGGACACGGAGGACUGGCAGAGGACUCUGGAAUUCUCUGGCCUGCAGAGGGUGGGGGGGGUAGACCUGUCCUUCAUCAAAGGGGACGAUGUGAACGCCUGCGCCCAGCUCGUGGUGCUCAGCUACCCCGACCUGAAGGUGCUGUAUAAGGACAGUCAGAUGGUGACCCUGACAGCCCCGUACAUAGCCGGCUUCCUGGCUUUCAGAGAAACCCCGUUCCUCCUGAAGGCUCUGCAGCGCCUGAAGAGGGACCAGCCCGCACUUCUCCCUCAGGUGGUGUUUGUGGAUGGGAAUGGUCUAUUCCAUUACAGAGAGUUCGGCCUGGCAUGUCACCUCGGGGUGCUGUCAGGGCUGCCGUGUGUGGGUGUGGCCAAGAACCUGCUGCAGGUGCAGGGUGUUUACAAGGAUGAGGAGCACCAGUCACAGAUUGCUGCUCUGCAGAAAGGAGGAGACAGCUUCCCCCUCACAGCCGCCUCGGGCAAAGUGCUUGGAAAGGCACUGCGAAGCUGCAACAAAAGUUCUAAGCCAGUGUACGUGUCCGUUGGCCACAGGAUCAGUUUGGACACAGCUGUACGCCUCACACACUCCUGCUGCCGCUACCGCGUCCCAGAGCCCAUCAGACAGGCUGACUGUCUCUCCAGAGAAUACAUUCGCAAACACUUCCCAGCUGCAGAUACAUGUUGCAAAGAAUGAGGCUGCUGCAGGCACAGUCCAUCACACCUCUGCUGCAGGAGCUAGUGAGCCACCCACUUGAGGCAUGUGAUCUUUUGAUUUACACUGUAAUCGGGCUAAAUCACCAAGACAGAUUGCUUGGGGGUUAAAUUACUAAUCAGGGUGUCCCAAAACUCCUUUGAUGAUUUAUAAAGCAAAUUUUCCUGUUCGUAUUUGUACCAGAAUAUUCCCCAAUUGUCCGGGACAUUAAAAUCUAACUGAGGUGUAAAAGCUUUAAGACCUGAGAUAUCGAGGUGGGACUAAGGUGGAACCAACAGUCUUUUCUCUCACUUUGGACCUUCCUCUCGGGCCCUCGGAGUGUGUGAUGCUGCCUUUACCUGAUUUGGGACAUGCUGAUUGAAUCAUCCUACGCUUUAGCACCGAGCCCUUCACUAACAGGCUGAACUCGUUCUAGUGUUCACCCGCAGAUGGUCUGGGGGAGUGAGCGGCCCCACAGCGGACCGUGGGUUAGGUCCCUGGGUGGCAGAGGAAGAGAAAUAGAAUUUCUGUCUGUGUCAAAGAGAGAGGAGAGGAGACAUGAAAGACAAGCAGCAGGAGAGGAGAUGAAGAGGUCUGAACAGAGGAGGGAAACAACAGGGGUGUGUAGGGAGGGUGGGGAAGAGUGUGGAAAAAUCAAUGUCUGUACAAUAAAGGAUGGCAAGAGGAUAAAAACUUCUCAGGGAUUCCUGUGAUGGAGCGAUAUGCUGCUUGUUUCUGGAUUUAACCUCCUCUCCUGCUCCUGAUUGCUUUUAUUUCUGACCAGUCGGGAGAUUUUACCGAUAAACUGUGGAUACCUCGGAUGUCUUUAAGUUUCUUCUCUUUCUGCUGUCUCAAUUAUAUGAUUUGUCUAUCCAAACAGCAGAAACAACAGCUUGAAAACGAAUGUUGGAUCAAAUCCAUCAUAUUUACAUAGACCAUCAUGCAUUUCUUUGGCAGUGCACUCACUGUGCUUCUCUUCUGGUUAUAUUUCAUAACCAAUCUCUUGUGCGCAAAUUAUUGUGACUACGGAAGCUCAACGUUACCACCGAUGGCUUCCGGACUGUUCGGACAACGUUUCCACAAAAUGUACAAUAUUUCCUUUUAAUGGCAUACAUUUUUUUUUUCUCACAAUACUGACUCAAAUUAAUAAUGUGUUUUCAAUGAUUGAUUGACUGAUUGAGAAUCCUCCAAAUAAAAGACUAAGUUCUGUGGCAAAUGUUUAGUAUUCUUGAUAUUGGAACAGUCUUUGGAGUAGGGUGAGCAGGGCAUCUUUGAAGUUCAGCUUUAUGAUGGUCGUUUACCACAAUGCAAUGCAG